AUGGUGGACCCACGGUGGUCCAACCAUGUCCUAAGAUACAAGCCUCCAGAGAACAACCCUACCGUGGAAGACUCAACACCUGACCACAUGAAUCUUUUGGGAAUUAUUUUUAGUAUGUGUGGCAUGAUGUUGAAGUUAAAGUGGUGUGCCUGUAUAGCUGUCUACUGUUUGUUUAUCAGCUUUGCCAACUCUAGAAGCUCAGAAGACAUCAAACAGUUGAUAAGCACCUUCAUGUUGUCUACCUCUGCUGUAGUGAUGUCCUAUCUUCAGAACCCCCAGCCCAUGUCUCCCCUUCGGUGA